GAUUAUAAUUCAGAUAAAUGUAAUUUCAUGUUGUUUCGUUUUAACAAUAAUUUGUGAAAAAAAUUCCGGAGAAGGCGUAACAUUAACCACUACUUUUUCGUGUCGAUUGACAGACAGGCAACAAAAAGUGAGGUUAUGUGUAUAUUUUUAUUUUUUUCGUAUUUGUGAAGACCACAAUGUGUUAGUUUAUACAAAAGUCGAAAAAUGUGGUUGCCUGUGAAUUUUAAUUACAACUAUGCCAAGAGAAACCAGUAAAUGCCGUGAAUGGGAAAAAGAGCGCAGAAAUCGUCUAAAUGAUGCCUUUGCGACCCUAAGUAAAGUAUUACCAUGUUACGACCCUGCCGUUAACGUUAGUAAGAUCGACAUUUUGAAAAAUGCUGCGACUCACAUUGAGGAACUUCAAGCCAAACUUAAGACUUUAAUGUCAGAAAGUAACGACGAUUCUGCGAAAAAAGUUAAAGGCGAAGAAUUCAGAAAAUUGCAUGAUCGUAUUCGACGGCUUCUCAGUAAAAAUGAGCAACUGUGUGCUUUAUUGCGUGAAGCCAAAAUUUCAAUCCCACCAGGGUGUGUGUUUGUUAAAAAGUUUAGGAAUCCGUUAUUUUGGUCGAACCGGAUUUUGCCAGAGCAGGCAAAAAUUCUGCAGAAGAAGGAGGCCGGAAAAGAAAAUGAUGCAUCCGUCAAGAAACAAAGUAAAUUUACAAAUAAAAAACAGAAUAAAGUAGGGGGCCAGAAUAGUACCCCGAAACAUAGAAAGGCGAUAUUGAAUCGGUCUGACUCCAGGAAACUUCGCCCCAUAAAGAAGAAAAAAAUAAAGCCUUUAACACCUUCCAAAUGCGUGAUAGUAUUGUCACAACCUAGUGUCACACAAUCGUGUUACGUCAUCACGAAUGCUCCUUCAAACAACAUUGUAGGUGGUACUUCUACAGUUAUUACAAACUCAGGUUUUGUUACAAAUCCUUUGGUUUCGUCAAAGGCCAAUAAAAGCGUUUCUUCCGUGUCUGCUCUCGGUCCGGGUACUUUAAUCCUAGCGAAUGGUACCAUUAUGCCGGUACUACCACAACAAACCGUCCUUCCUCUAGCCCCGCAAAUCAUAACUCGACCACCUAUCAUUUUCCUGCCGAAAACCCCGGUUACCGUACCAUGUAGUACCGUAUCAACGAGUAAAAUCGUGACGAGCGGCACUAAAACUUUGGCUCGAAUCCGACCAAAGUACUGUUCAACGAAAACCACCCAAGUGAAUAAGGUACCAAUACCGGCGUUAACCUCGAGGUACUCGAACGCAGAAGUAGUACUACAAAAAUCCGAACCGAAAGUGGUUAAAGAGAAAAAAAGCGUCGCUAAAGAGAGUAAUAAAAAAGAGGAAGUACCGGAAACGGGGGAGAAAAGGAAAGUACCGUUGUCUGAAGAAGAGGCAACUGAAGCAAAGAAGACCAAAGUCGCAGAAGAGAGUACUGGUGAUGCUAAGGAAAAAGAGUCAACUGAACAGGAAAAAGUGCCAGAACCAGAGGGUACCGCUAACAAGGAGAAAGAUGACGAAAAGGCAAGUGAAGAUAAGACGAGUGAGAAGGCUCCACAGAAGGCGAAUGAAGUAGAAACGAAAAAACCCGAAGAACCAAUUGAGUUGAAUAUAAAUCACUCAGAGUUGUCAAACGAUUUGUUUGCUUCUUUGCAAGUACCUCCUGGGUGUCAAAAUCCGGAAAGUACGUCUCCGACGGCUGCUUUCCUUCUCGCGUUUCCUUUGGUGUCAACUUUGACUGGUGGCGUGAAGGUUGCAGAAGUGACAGAAGAAGAUAAUACAGAGAGUCAAAGGGAGACUCCCACGCUUCUUCAAAUCGGUACUAUGGAUAGUACUAAACCGACGCAGUCUGAGAGUUUAACUCCGAGUCUUUUGAAUUUGGAUAAUUUCUCAUUCUUGUCUUCAAAGGAUAUUGGAGGAUUUUAUAAUUCGUUUGAGGGUACUAUGGUGACAACCACGGCAUCAACUGUGGUCAGUACUCAUAGUGUUGCGAGUAAAGAUAGUUCAGCAGAGAAACAGCAACAGAGUUAUCAAACAAGUCAAGAAACGCAACAGGUUCAACAGCGACCUCCACAACCCCAACAACAAGUGCAACAGCUCCCCAAACAACCAAAAAAACCUCUCCAACAACCCCAACAGCCUCGACAACCUUCACAGUCUCACCAUCAGUCUCAACCUCCUCUCCAGCAACAGCAGCAGCCGCUUCAACAAACCCAGCAGCCACAGCAGCCUCUCGCACAGCAACAAACUCUUCAACAACAGCAGCAACCUCUCCCGCAGCAAAAUCAGCCCCUUCAGCAACCUCUCCAACAGUCCCAACAACCUAUCCAACAGUCGCAACAACCUAUCCAACAGUCUCAACAACCUAUCCAACAGUCCCAACAACCUAUCCAACAGUCCCAACAACCUAUCCAACAGUCCCAACAACCUAUCCAACAGUCUCAACAACCUCUCCAACAGUCUCAACAACCUCUUCAACAGUCCCAACAACCUCUCCAACAGUCCCAACAACCUCUUCAACAAUCCCAACAACCUCUCCAACAAUCUCAGCAGCCCCUCCAAAAACCUCAACCCUCACUCCAACAAUCUCAACAGUCUCUCCAACAAAAUCAGCAACCUCUACAACCUGUUCAGCAACAAAAACAACCACUGCAGCAGCAACAGCCUCACCAAAAACAACAACAACCUCUGCAACCACAACAGCCUCACCAAAAACAACAGCAGCAGCCCCUUCAACAGCAGCAGCAGACUCACCACCAACAAACUCACCAGCAGCAACCUCAUCAACAACAGCUUCAUCAACAAACUCAACUUCAUCCACAACCGUCACACCAACAGCAACACCAACAGACUCAACCGCAACAAGCUCAACAGUCACAAUCGCUUCAACAGAAUCAACAACACCGUCAAGAAAAGAAUCAGUUGGUACCGUGUUUCGACAAUCACACCUUCGGUGGUACCAAUGCUCAGUCGCUAAAUUAUCAACCGAAACUUAGCGUCGGCAACCUUGAAACUAAGCAGCAGCCGGUUUGUGGUAACACGUACGGUCAAAAAAGUUUUACGUAUGAACCUCCUAAAGGUAGUACCACGUGUGUUUAUGCCAACAUUAAAACUUAUCCAGAGCCGCUGUACACUAAUAGUAGUACGUACACUUACGGUAAUACGUCGGAUACCAACUUUAACCAAAAUUACUACAAAGAAAUCCCUAAAAGCGACAAUCGGAGUUACUAUUCUCUAAAUUAUGAGAACUACGCGGAUUAUAGAAAGAAUGACGGUAAUAGUUAUUUUCCGAACUCUAAUUACUACCCUAAUACAAAUUAUUCAAAGGAUAAGUUUAAUAAUAAUCAGAAUAAUAAGAAAGGGGUUCAAAGUCGACCACCAAUUAACUGGAUGACUGCGCCAGAUAACCGGUUACAAACACCUGCGGAUUAUGUGUUACCCCAAUUCACGAAAGAAACUGACUUUUACCCAAUUAACACUUUCACUAACACUCAAACCACAUACUUCAACACGAACCCGAUGUAUCCGACGAACACUAACGAAGUCGCUAACCAAGAACCCCGGAAGAGUCUUGAUUUAUCGUUGGUACCACCAGUCAAUUCGUACCAACGCAACGAAGUCGAAGACAACCAAUUAUCGUGGUCGCCUACUAAAAUCCCACAAUUCUUAGAUCCACCUCAUAGUUUCGCCACGACUCUACCAACUCUAGUCGGAGAUUUAGCCCUCGGCAACUCACUCUCGUUCAACGAACAGAAAGAUAAGUGUCCCAAGAAAGACAGACGCUUGAAGAACUACGAAAGUACCAAUCAAAGUAACUUCCUAUCGGUGAGUCAACUCGUCGAUCAUAAUAAAGAAGUACCAGCACGGACAACCACGCGCAGAAACAGCGGAAACAGAUCUUCUGGGAAGAAAGUCCAGCAGAAAUCCAGUCAAAGAAAAGAGAACAAAGAAGUGUAUCCACAAGCAAACAAAGCUGAAGGUAGUUCCGGCAAAGGAAUGAAGCAGUUAGGGUACUCGAAUAGUACCACCGAUAUAUUUUGCGAUUCUAGUCAGAAAAAUCGUACCGUUAGUAAAAAUAGUUAUUCAGCGGAGGCUCUAAUCGGUCACCAGAUGCAAAACGACACCACGCAGAAGAAACAACAGAACUACAACAACAAAACCAUUUCUGUUUCGUCGUUCUUACACGACAAUAUAAUUCCCUAUUUCCCGGUUGAUCUACCACAGGAUAAUACCUACAUCCAACAAAAUCAAAACUACCAAACCUCGUCUUUCAGUCACAACUUCCAAAGUACGUUCCAGAACAACACGUACACAGCGAAUAGUUUCAUCCCCACUACUACCAUCACGUCUACUUACAACUUCAUGCACGAAGUGACUCACGACUACAGCGAUUUGUUCCCUCCAAUGAGCAAAGACAAGAAUUGCAGUAAGAACAUGAACAGGAACGUACGGGAGCAACAGUGUCCGACGACUCCCAAAAAAUCGUCAAAACGGAAACACUCGAACGAACUACCGGGUUUCGAUUUCGGGUUUCUGUCCAUGCCGGGGUCCAUCAAUUCGCCGAUUUUGCCCGACGAUUUUCACACUCAUACAGGGUUUUUGCAACCGCCCACCCCUCAGUUGUAUCCUUGUAAAAAUCCCUUCACGAAACCUAACGAUUUGGCGUCCCUGGUACCGUUGCCUCCGGUUCCAGGGACGAGGAGCAGUAUACAGCAUCCUGAGAUUUCCCCGAUUAAUAGUGCGGGUACUUCGUUGACUAACUUUAACCUGAGUACGAUUUUCCCGGAGAUUAAUAAUAAGGGCGGGUUGUCGGAUCCGUACUCCGAAAACAAAGUAAAAGAUAAUCCGAGAAGUUACACCACUUCAGUUCAAGUGACCUUCAACGACAAACCGACGUUUAGUUUUAGUUAUAUUAAUUGUACCACGUCUCAAAGCUACAGCAAUCAGUGAUAUGUGUAAAGAGGGCGACCGAAAGUGUACCUGAUUAUUUAAUUUAAAUAAAAAUCGUAUACCUA